AGCGUGAGGGCCGUUUGAGUGGAUCCGGAAAUUAUCUUUCGAUAUGUAAUUGCUUCGAUAAUUCGGAUUAUCUGGCCGCCAUUAUAUAUUAUAUUAUGACGGUGUGAUCGCCGUCGACGCCCAGAUCAGUCGUCAAUGUGAUCUUGAGAGCGUUUGAGAUACAGUCAUCACGUGAAAAUCGAAUCGGAAUACUAUGGCAGAAUCUAGGAAAACGUCUGAGGUGAAGAGGGUUUCGAGGGUUUCUCUGGGAGUCGGCGGCGUUUUGGUGGUGCGCCCGGACGAGCCGAAACGAGGCGCCUGGGCCAACCAGAUCGAAUUUAUUCUAUCCUGCAUUGGGUAUGCCGUUGGCAUCGGCAAUGUUUGGCGUUUCCCUCUCUUCAUAUAUCGCAAUGGCGGUGGCGCCUUUUUGAUACCCUUUAUUAUCAUGUUGAUCACAAUGGGUCUACCUAUAUUCUUUCUGGAGCUUUCUAUCGGCCAAUACACUGGAUUGGGACCUAUAAAAGCUUUCAGCCGUAUGGCACCUGCUUUUCAUGGCCUAGGUCACUGCACACUGGUCGUCAUCUUCUUUGUAAUGAUAUAUUACAUGGUAAUAGUCGCGUGGACUUUAUUCUACACUUUUGCCUCUUUCUCUUCCAAACUCUCCUGGGCGUAUUGUGAUAACGACUUUAACACAAACAAUUGUUACAGCAGUAUUCAGGCCGCAGAGUGCAAGGAGAACAGUAAUGAAACCAUACAGUUUCUAUUUUACAAUAGAAGCUGUAUAGACACUGAAACGGUCUGUUCCAGCCUUGGUUUCAACGAUAAAAAUGGUACCCACUGCAUACUGGGUCACAGGAACGACACCGCGUUCGAAGAUCUUUAUACACGGGUGCUGUCGUCCGAGGAGUAUUUCAGCGACUACGUUCUCGGUCUGCGCGGAGCCACCUGGGAUAACUUCGGCGGCAUACGAUGGGAGCUAUUCGGAUGCCUCUCGCUAGCUUGGAUAGUGUGCUGCUUAUGCCUGAUACGCGGUAUCCAGACUAUCGGCAAAGUUGUCUACUUCACCGCGAUCUUCCCUUACAUCAUUCUUACAAUUCUUCUAGUACGUGGUGUUACGUUGGAAGGCUCCGCUUAUGGCAUGGAAUGGUUCAUAUCUCCCGAUUUUUCGAAGCUACAAAGCGCGAAUGUGUGGGCAGACGCAGCCUCUCAAAUCUUCUAUUCACUCGGCAUCGCCUGCGGAUCCCUGGUGACUCUCGCGAGUUACAGCAACUUCAGCAACAAUUGCCACAGAGACGCUCUCUUCGUGACCGUCACCAAUCUAUUCACAUCUAUUUACGCGGGUUUGGUAAUUUUCUCAAUACUUGGAUUCCUGGCCACGAAAAUGAAUGUGGCGAUCGAAAACGUGGUUCAAAGCGCAGAGGGACUGGCUUUUAUCGCUUACCCGGAGGCGGUGGUGCAGAUGCCCUGGUCGAAUCUCUGGGCCAUCCUGUUCUUCGUCAUGCUCUUCAUACUCGGCCUCGGUAGUCAGUUCGCAGGCGUGCAGGCGAUAAACACCGCCAUACUGGACAGGCGUCCGGAUUUGCGAAAAUACGAGAGUUACGUGGUAGUGGCUAUAUGCGCUACCUGCUGGCUCUUGGCGAUUCCGAUGAUAUUCGACGGCGGUAUCUACUUGUUCAAGCUGAUGGACUGGCAUACUGCAUCCUGGGCGAUCCUAUUGAUCGGCUUUGCCGAAGUCGUUAUAGCUUCCUGGUUCUAUGGCUGUAACAGAUUUCUAACUAAUCUUACUGAAAUGAAAAUUAAAUUUGGCCUGAUUCUUCGCGGUUAUUGGUGGAUUUGCUGGAUGGUUCUCGCACCCCUCACUUGCCUGGGGGUCUUUGGAUACCAAAUAGAUCAAACCGAUUUUCGCGGGAGUUACGGCAAUUAUAUAUUUCCCAUAUGGGCGAGUGCACUUGGAAUCUUAAUUGGACUAGCUACCUUGGCACCAUUUCCCAUCUUCUUUGUUAUAAAAGCAUGGAAAAUGAAAAGCUUCCUGAGUUUAUUUCGGCCUUCGCCGUUAUGGAGGGCGGCCGAGACGGCGGAGGAUACGCUGGACAGCGAUAGCAUCGCAACCGCAGUGGUCAAUCCGGGAUACGUUUCUUCGGAUAAAGCUUAAAUUUAAAUACUUGUACGUAGUAUGAGCGAUAAUUUGAAAAAAAAAAAAAUAUAUAUAUAUAUAUCAAAAUGCAGAGUGUCCUGUAGACCAUUGUUUUCUAAGAUGCAGGCAUAAUUUUUGGAGAAAGUCACUUUGGAGAACAUAACUCAUUCCGUUUUAGGAGUAAGUUAUUUUCAUUAUUUUCACCUGAAAAUAGAAUGUCAAUAAAGCAAUGUAGUGUGGAAUACAGAACGUAAUUAAUGAAUUAUAUAUGGCGCAAUGGUAUUUUUCGGCGAAAUCCGAAUUCAGCUUCCCAGAAUUAUUUAAUAACCAAAAGAAUUGCAUUUUUGAUAAUAUUUUACCGAGAAGUUUUUCGGUAUCUUUUUUCAGUAUCAAAAUAGGUUUGAAGCUAUUUACACAAAACUAGAAAAAAAAAUAGGAGAGAAUUGCUUGUCUACCACUUAAGUUACUUUUUAUACCCAUUUUUCCAUAUGGUAUUGAUUUGUAUGCAAAUAAACGUUGAAUAUUGUAGUUU